AUGAUUUUUUACAACCUUGUUGCUUUUGCGCUGUUUGUGACUUCGUCUCUGAGUCGAGCCACCGAUGAAGAAAUACAUCUCCAGUGGUCACUAUGUGAUCGUGAUGGAGAAGCCGUCCUCGAGAAACUAGGGGAAACAGUUCGCCCACCCUACAAACGCAAUCCGAUCACCUAUUUCGACACCAUGCCCCCGACUCAUGCGCAACAAGGUGUCAUGUUCCGCACAAAGACGAACAAAGGAAACCCAUUUUCUGUCAUCAAGGUCCGCUUCGAUGAGAAACCAGAGCGCAUUCCUCCUGGCGCCCAUUGCGUCUAUGAUCGAUACGGCGACAACGUCCCAUUCACUUGUGCCCAGCGGUACCUCCUCUGUGACAAGACAACCCAAGAGAUCUGGAGCGAUGACCAAGUUCGAUUUGCAGAAAAGUACGACGACAUUGACUGGGAUGGCCUUGUAUCCUACGGGCCAUUCCCAGAUGGCAAGUGGAAGUUAAGAAUACUAGGGCACAAAGCGAAGCUGGAUGAUGUAGUAGCUGGGGAGCUUCACCUUAUGGAGAUUGAAUUGUCUACCCUGAAAGCCGGAUCUGAGAAAGUGUAUCAGGAGGUCACUGAGUAUCUGAGACAACACGAUGUAUUGCUCUGCGACCCCCAGGCGUCGAAGACACUGCGUCUGUUUCGCGGUAUGGGAUACAUUGAUGAUGAAGACACUUGGGUCGAGGAGCUUUAG